GCGCGUGUGAUGUGUUUGUGUAUCCUCAGUGUUUUUCUCUCUUGCGUGUUUCAUUGAGUUUAAACAGAGUCUUGUCUCUGUGUAUUUAAGUGCUGAGACGAUGAUGUUGAGAUGUGCUGUAAAUGAGUAGGAACUGAUCUGUCCAUGCUGGAUAUAUUGAUGAUUUCAUCACAGAAAGCUGAGGUCAAGAGGAUAUUUAGCAAUGAAACGAGAGGAUGUGGAUUGUUGUGAAUCUUCAGUGUAUGUGUAUGUAGGAUUCACAGAAAUCAAAACUGAACCCACAGAAAUCAAAACUGAACCCACAGAAAUCAAAACUGAACCCACAGAAAUCAAAACUGAACCCACAGAAAUCAAAACUGAACCCACAGAAGAGGAAGAUCUCACUGAGGAAGAAGAUGAUUUUAUUCCAUCAGAUGUGAAGAGUGAUUCAUGUUUGGAUAUAGAAAUAACGUCCUCAACAUCAAAAGAGCGACUGACAGCACAAACUCUUUCCUGCAUCACCUGUGGAAAGACAUUCAGCUCACAGAGACUUUUAGAGAGACAUGAGAGAAAACACACAGAACAGAAACUCUUCACCAGAUCUGAGAUCAGCUUUACUACCUUACAAGAGAAGAAACUUCAUUCAGAAGACCACAGAGAGAAGAAGAAGAAGUUUCACUGUGAGCAAUGUGGGAAGAUUUGUGUCUCUUCCUCUAAUCUAAAUGUUCACAUGAGGACACAUAGUGAUGAAAAGCCUUUCAACUGCACUGAAUGUGGAAAAUACUUCAAAACCAAAGACAAUCUUAAAAUUCAUCAGAGAAUUCACACUGGAGAAAAACCUGUCAAAUGCUCUCAGUGUGACAAGACUUUUUCUCACUCAGGUUACUUAAAAGCCCAUCAGAGUGUUCACACUGGAGAGAAACCUCAUCACUGUAAUGUUUGUGGGAAGAGUUUUAAUCAACAUGAAAGUUUAGUGACACACCUAACAAUUCAUACAGGUGAGAAACCUUACAAAUGCUCUCAGUGUGACAAGACGUUUACUUUUUCGAGUAACUUAAAAGUCCAUCAGAGACUUCAUACUGGAGAGAAACCUUAUCACUGUAGUGUCUGUGGGAAGAAUUUUAGUCAAGGGUCUUCAUUACGAAAUCACAAGAGAAUUCAUACAGGUGAAAAACCUUACAAAUGCUCUCAGUGUGACAAGACGUUUGCUCAGUCAAGUUCCUUAAAAUACCAUCAGAGAGUUCACACUGGAGAGAAACCUUUCGUCUGCGCUCAAUGUGGAAAGAACUUCAUUAAUUCAUCUCAACUAAUAGUCCAUCAGAGAGUUCAUACUGGAGAAAAACUUCAUCACUGUAGUAUCUGUGGGAAGAGUUUUAGACAAGCGGCUACAUUACUAAAUCACAAGAGACUUCAUACAGGUGAAAAACCUUUUAAAUGCUCUCAGUGUGGCAAGACCUAUUCUCAGUCAGGUUCCUUAAAAGCCCAUCAGAGAGGUCACACUGGAAAGAAACCUUAACACUGUAGCGGUACAUUAACGCUUUACUGAUAACCUAUGGCGAAUUAUCCAUAUGGUGGGAAAAACGUGGAAAUAAUAAACGUUGAUCAAUCGACCGAACAUCUUAAUCUUUUAGCCCUUAGCAGCUUGUGUGACCCAUGUGAUGACCUGUCGUGAUGGGCAGUCUGGCUUUUUCAUAGAUUCGGCUCUUCUGGCUUGGCUCUUCAUUUAGCAAUUGUGAAGGGUUUUUGUGUUGGGAUGCAAUUUUUGUAUUAAUUGUUUUUAUAAAAGCCGGCCCUUUUUUUGUAUGAGUUUUUUUUUCUUUAGAAAAAAAUACAGUUAGUAAAUAAAACUUUUAUUCUCUCUAUCGCUCUGUGUACCUGGCCUCACUAAUUUAGACCGUCUAUCACCCUUUCUUCUUUCACAUAACUGUAUAAUCCUAUAAUACAUUUGUUAAAAAGUCCACAUGCAUUGAUUACAUAUGACAGACAAUCAGACUACAUUUUGGGUUCCAGUCGUCCGGCAGUGUUGGAGAAAGUUACUUUUAAAAGUAUUCCAUUACAACAGUGCUUCCCAAUCCUGGUUCUCGCGCACCCCCUCCCAGAAAGUUUUAGAUGUUACCUUAUUUAAAACACCUG